AUGCACAUGUGUCAAGCAGCUAUAACUCGAUUUGGUGCACCUUCUCACUAUCGCAUGCCCAGCCAUUACAAAUCCAUAAAUGUCAUAUUCUCCGAAGGGGAAAUCCGAGAAGAGCAAUACGAGAACAAAGAAUCUCCCCACCUAGUGAACAGAAGCAUACAUGCUUAUGCCUACCCGACUGCCGAGCCGAUAGUGCAGACAAGCCACGCUGUGAACGAAAUCGACAAUGAUCAGAAGACCUGGCUGAUGGUGCAGCAGUACAGACACAAGUUAUUUAUCAUCAAUAAGCAGAGCUAA